AUGCCCAUGAUCAUAAUAGUGAAGGACUACACUCGUAUCGAAUCCGGCUACUUGGCCAAAGUACCCAUCUCCCAGCAAGAUAAGACCGAGGACAAACAGCAUCUGGCAGAGAUGAUAGACCUCUUUGGUCCUUUCCUAAAACCGUUACUAGACAAGGGCAAGCCAGAUAUCGUCCAGUCAAUGUUCUAUGGUGAAGGAAAAUUCAAGGAUGCGCCUCUUAUAGACAGACCGGGACUCAUGUCGGAGGCAUUCACGCCAGGGUUGGAUAAGGAAGUUAGGGAGCGCUUCGUUUCAUUUUUAUUGGCUUUGAUGAAAACCAGUCCUGAGGAGCGGCCAAUGCCUGAGGAUCUUCUUCGACACCCUUGA